AUUAGAUAUUUCUUCUUCAAAGACAGGAACCAAAUGAUUUAUAGAUGUAGUCACUUUUAUCAGUGAUACAUAGUACGCAUGUCCUUUGCUCCCUCCCAGUGCUGUUUUUACUCUCACCCUUUGCACCUUGAAAGUGUUCUGUUUUCCCAGCCCUCUGCUGUCACAGACAUGCUUUAUUUGUCAUUAAGGCAAACAUUACGGUCCCUCUUCCCCAGGGUUUCAGGAUGUGUGGGCCCACAUCGCCAGAUCACUGUGGAGUCGUGCAGGCGAGGCCUCAGCAACGCCAGUGGUUGGACGGGACAGGAGAGCCUGGCCCAGGAUGACCCAGAGAUGUGGAGCCUCCUGCAGCAGGAGAAGGACAGGCAGUGCCGGGGACUGGAGCUUAUUGCAUCAGAGAACUUCUGCAGCCGUGCAGCGCUUGAGGCCCAGGGAUCAUGUCUGAAUAACAAAUACUCUGAGGGAUACCCAGGACAAAGGUACUAUGGUGGUGCAGAGAUCGUAGACCAGAUUGAGCUGCUGUGUCAGAAACGAGCGCUCACCGCCUUUGGUCUGGACUCAAAUUUGUGGGGCGUCAACGUCCAGCCAUACUCCGGCUCCCCCGCUAACUUUGCGGCCUACACAUCUGUACUGCGGCCUCAUGACCGCAUCAUGGGCCUGGAUCUGCCCGACGGAGGACACCUUACCCACGGCUACAUGACAGAUGCCAAGAGAAUCUCAGCCACCUCCAUCUACUUUGAAUCGAUGCCUUACAAGCUGGAUCCCAAAACGGGUCUGAUAGAUUAUGACCAGCUAGACAGGAUGGCCCGACUCUUCAGACCUAGACUCAUCAUAGCAGGAACCAGUGCCUACGCUCGCCUCAUCAACUACGCUCGCAUGAAGAAGCUGUGUGUGGAGCUGAAUGCCUACCUGCUGGCAGACAUGGCUCAUAUCAGCGGCCUGGUGGCAGCAGGGGCCGUUCCCUCACCUUUCGAACAUGCCGACCUGGUCACCUCCACUACCCAUAAGUCCCUGCGUGGAGCAAGGGCUGGUCUGAUCUUCUACCGGAAAGGUGUGCGUUCUGUGGAUAAGAAAGGUCGGGAGGUGACCUACGACCUCCAGGACAGGGUGAACUUUGCCGUGUUCCCGUCACUUCAGGGAGGACCUCACAACCACGCCAUUGCCGGGGUGGCCGUCGCCCUCAAACAGGCUUCCACUCCCAUGUUCAAACAGUACAUAGCUCAAGUGCUGCUGAACGCCAAGGCCAUGGCUAACGCUCUGCUGAAGAAAGGCUACACCCUGGUGUCAGGUGGAACGGACAACCACCUGGUCUUGGUUGACCUUCGACCUCGCGGGAUGGACGGGGCUCGGGCUGAGAGGGUCCUGGAGCUGGUGUCCAUCACCGCCAACAAGAACACCUGCCCGGGAGACAAGAGCGCCCUCACUCCAGGAGGACUUAGGCUGGGAACCCCAGCUCUGACCUCCCGACAGUUCAGCGAGGCAGACUUUGAGAAGGUUGUGGAAUUUAUUGAUGAAGGGAUUCAGAUCGCUCUGGAUGUGAAGAAGAAGACUGGAAACCUGGCCAGCUUCAAGUCCUUCCUGUUGGAGGACCCAGAGACAGUGUCGCGCACCGCAGACCUCCGCCAGCGGGUGGAGCUAUUCUCCAGGCCCUUCCCCAUGCCGGGAUUCAUUGACCACUGACAACACCACAGGCAGAAAGGCAGUUUCCCCAUCACCUCGUGAACCCACUGGAUCCUCUAGACCUCCUCUAAUGUAACGUGGACAUUUCUGCCCCCAGUCAAAUUUCCGUAUCAACUCAUCACAUUAUAUCUGCCAGAUAACAUGAAAAGUGUAAUAUGAUGCAAAUGUAUCAAAGCCUGAUAAAUAAAAAAGUCACAUCAUACACAUUUCUGGCUAAUGUAUCAAGGCUCUUCAUAAUAACAUCAGCACUUAACUUUGCUCAAAAGAAAAAGAUAUUAUUAAGUGUUGAGUGAAAUUAUAAAAUAGUCAAAUAAUUCCAGUGUCACACAUUUAUUAGUUUUUAAUGGCUCUAACAAUAAUACUAAUGGUAACAAUAAUGUAAUAACUUACUACAAGUUGUGUUAUAUUUACACCACAUUAUUAUAUUUAUAACACAUUAUAAUGUAUUAAUAAGCAGAUAUAAGUGUUUAUUAAUGUAUUUGUCAACAACUAUAACGCAUCUCGUGGGAACCUAUGAAAGGAGGCUGUUGUAUAAAAACCUAAUGAAUGAUGAUAUAGUAAAACACCUAAACAUGUCCUUAUAUCCACUUACAGCCACCUUAUAAUGUGUUAUAAGUCUUUUAUUAAGUAUUCAUAUACUACUAAUAAAUAAUACAUAAGGAGACUUACAGUAAAGUGUUACAUUAUGUCUUAUGCUUUUUAUGAAAUGAUACCACAAUAGUGGGAUGAUGUUAAAUGUGCAGCAGGUUAUCACAUCCGCAGGUUUAAUUGCAUUAGCAUCUCAUUCAGCAGAACAAUUUGUUACUCUUGACUUUCUACUUAUUACAGUACUGGGCAAAAUUCUUAGAGGACAUUUUGGGAAAUGAUUUUUGAAGCUACUAGAUAUGGAAACUGAUUUGUUUUGAGAAGACAAGCGAUGUUGAGGUCGAUAAUGGUGAUAAUUUCCAUUAAGAUGAAAUAAUUUUUAAAAAAGAUUUUUUUAAAAUGUUGCACAGUACUGUACAUUAUGUGGCAGCUGAUACGUCAACGAGUUUUCACUUCACAUACAGGAGAGCUAAGAAGGACUUGAAGUGUUCUAGUGUUUUCAGGUAUUUGGCUCUUUGUCACUAAGCGCUCUUCAGAGCCCUCAUUGGUGUCAGGCUUUGUCCCGGGCCCUGGGAAACUCCCAGCAGCUGUGUUGGGAAUUGAACACACGUGAUGUUUACAACCACAAACCAAAAAUGGGAAACAGUUAAACCACGUUAACAUUUUUAAUUGACGUUUUUAGGCUUUUUUUUGUAAAACAUACUAACGUCACCUACUUUACCCUCACUUUGAUUAGUUAUUGUAAAGGAUUUGUAAUCUUCUUAA